ACUGAUGAAUCGUAAUUCUGGUGUUGCUUGAAUUUGAUAAUAGCUCCUGCCUUUCAGAACUAAUUUCCUUAGCAAUGCAAUUGGGGUUCAGGCUGCGUUGUAGUCCUGUUGGAUGUUGAGAGUUCUAGCAUGUGGGAAUUGUUAUGCUUUGGAGUGUUUGUGAUUAGAGGAAGGGUGAUCAAAGGGUCUGUAGUCAUUCCAAGAUCCGUCUUAUGGUUAUUUCCUCUUACACAUACUUUUGGAUGUCUCUGAGGAUCUCAGCCAAAGAGUAAACUGUAGCCAUAUUGUUUGUUUAAGAUACCUUUAGGCUCAAAUUCACAGUCAGCCGAAGUUUGCCUUGCCAUGAAUCAGAAUGCACUUUCUUCCUCUGACAACCAUGGAAGGGCCUUAAAACCCGAGGAGGAUAAAGAAGAAGGGGAGGAGGAGGAAGACGAGGAUGCAGAUUUUAACCCUUUUCUAAAGGAAAAUCUUUCACAAGAGGCUUCUUCAAGUUUGAGCUCUGAAGUUGAUGGUUUGGAUGGUAAUGUGAUCAGUAGUAAGCCAUCACUAGGUUCAGAGUUAUCAAAGGUGACAACUAAGGAGCAAACCUGUAAUGCCAUAGAUAAUGAACAUGGCGAGGAGGAAGUUGUUUUACAACCUUCUGGUAUGAUCUCUUUGUCAGAGAUUAAUCAAGUGAAGCACAAUGACCUAACCAGUGUGGCUAUUGGCAAUGGUUCAAGGACAGGAGAACUAAGUGACAAAACAAAUUCUCGAAGUCCUGUAAUAGAUGUAGACAACGAGGAUGCUAUCUGUAUGCGCACUAGAGCUCGUUAUUCACUUGCAAGUUUUACACUUGAUGAGCUUGAGACUUUUCUUCAAGAAACUGAUGACGAUGAUGAUCUCCAAAAUGCUGAUGAUGAAGAAGAGUAUAAAAAAUUUUUAACAGCUGUUUUACAGGGUGGGGAUGAUGGUUUUUCAACUCAUGAAAAUGAAAAUCUUGAUGAUGAUGAGGAUAACGAUGCAGACUUCGAGAUAGAACUGGAGGAGUUAUUGGAAAGUGAUGCUGAAGACAACUCAAUGGUAAAAACCCGAAAAGAGUCUGAUCAUGCUGGACGACGACCCGAGACUAGGCAAAAUAAGCGACAAAAGGUGUCUGCACAAUGUGAGAAGAAAACAUUAGGAGAAGUCAGGAGGCCACUCCGUCCCAUUUUGCCUAAUUGGCUGAAUGGAACUCUAGCUUCAGGAAAAGGUUUGGUUCCUGAGGCUUCUCUGAGCUUUCAGUCUUCUGCUUCAGGAAAUGGUCUUGUCAAUGGGUUCACUCCCAUGCAGAUUGGUCAGUUGCACUGUUUGAUACACGAGCACGUACAACUUCUUAUUCAGGUGUUCUCUUUGUCAGUUCUUGAACCUUCCCAAAAACAGGUUGCUUCUCAGAUUCAAGGUUUGCUUUUUGAGAUGCUUCACAAACGUGAUGAAAUAUUAGCUUCAAAAAGAGUUCCAUAUCCCACUGUUUGCUUUUCUCCAUCUUUUUCUUGCUCAUCUGUGUCUGAAGGAGGCUCAAAGUUUGUCCAGGUCCAGUCCAAUACAGAAGAAUAUGGUCCUCCACAAGAUGCACAUAAUGUUUUGUGUUCUCAAUCAAUUCAGAAAUCCUCUGAAGGUUUGAACUUGCAAAGCUGUUUCCAACCUGCUGAGAGUUCUUUCUGGAUUCCCUCUGUAAGAGGCCCUGUAAAAUCUAUUUUGGAUGUUUCUCCUCUUCAUUUAGUAAGAAGCUACAUUGAUGACAUUAAUUCUGCUGCCCAAGAGUUUCGAAAGAGAUACAUUGAGUCUCGUUCUGAUUCACCUGUUGAAAAGGAACCUCUCUUUCCUUUUUCUUCAUCAGUUGCUGAAGCUAGGAGUGAUAUUUCUAGUGGAACCACCGCUAGAGCAGUUAAUGCAGUCUCAUCUUCACCCGGUCAACAACAACCAAAGAAAACAUUGGCUGCUAUGCUUGUUGAAAGUACAAAAAAGCAGUCAAUUGCUUUGGUGCCGAAGGAAGUUGCAAAGUUAGCUCAAAGAUUUUUGGCCUUGUUCAAUCCAGCAUUAUUCCCACAUAAUCCACCCCCAGCAGCAGUUGUAAAUAGGAUACUUUUCACUGAUUCUGAGGAUGAAUUACUAGCCUUAGGGAUAAUGGAGUACAAUACAGAUUGGAAAGCAAUUCAACAACGUUUUCUUCCCUGCAAGUCUAAGCACCAGAUUUUUGUGAGGCAGAAGAAUCGUUGCUCUUCAAAAGCAUCAGAGAAUCCAAUAAAGGCUGUUCGAAGAAUGAAAACCUCCCCAUUGACUGCAGAGGAGAUAGCAUGCAUUCAAGAG